CGGCGGUGCUGUACGGGGCUCUGGCGGCGCUGGUGCUGCUGGGGGUGCGGGAUGUGCUGUUCGUUUACGAGGAGAACCGGUGCAGCAUGACCUACAUGUACGAGUACCCCGAGUACCUGAAAAUAAAAUUACCGAAGAAAACAGCCAGACGAUAUCCAGCGUAUGAGCUCUACCUCUAUGGAGAAGGGAAUUAUGCUGAAGAAAACAAGAAUCUGAUAUUGACAGGCAUUCCAAUUCUCUUUCUUCCUGGAAAUGCUGGCAGUUACAAACAAGUGCGUUCUCUUGGCUCCAUCGCUCUUAGAAAGGCAGAGGAUCUUGACUUCAAGUAUCAUUUUAAUUUCUUCAGUGUCAACUUUAAUGAGGAGUUGGUUGCAUUGUAUGGUGGUACUCUCCAACGGCAGACCAAAUUUGUGCAUGAAUGCCUAAAAGUAAUUCUUAAGUUGUACAGGGGUCAGGAAUUUGCACCAACCAGCGUCGCCAUAGUAGGUCAUUCCAUGGGUGGUCUUGUUGCAAGAGCACUGCUUACCCUGAAGAAUUUUAAGCCCGAACUUAUAAACCUCCUCAUUACACAAGCUACCCCUCAUGUUGCACCUGUAAUGCCUUUGGACAGAUAUCUUACUGAUUUUUAUACAGCUGUAAACAAUCACUGGACUCUAAAGGCCCAAGAUUUAAGAAAUUUAACUACCCUUUCUGUGGCGGGAGGAUUCAGAGAUUACCAAGUUCGUUCAGGACUGGCUUUUCUACCAAGACUGAGUCAGCAUGACAGUGCCUUAUCUGUUGUGAGUUCAGCUGUGCCUCGGGCUUGGGCCUCAACAGACCAUCUCUCUAUAGUGUGGUGCAAGGAAUUGAUCCUGGCUACCAUCAGAGCUUUUUUUGAUCUCAUAGAUGAGAACACAAGGCAGAUAACUGAGGAUCCCAAGAAGAGAAUGUCCGUGUUGAAUCACCACUUUGUUAGACACCCUGGAAAGAUAUUUGAGGAAAAUCCUGAAGCUUUCACAGAACUUACAGGAACUUUCAUGUGGAUUGAAGUCAAAACCUCAAAAUGGACUUAUUCAGCUUACAAUGAUUCUGAUGGAAAAUAUUUCACAUUUCCUCUUGCAAGCCACAGAGAAUCCUACAGUCAUGUUUACUGUGAAAACACUAUGUUGGACACAAGUAGCUGGAUUUAUGGCUGUAUGAACAGCAAUUCUUCAGUCUGUCUGGAAGCUGCUGAUCUAUCCUGGAGAGCUGAGUUACUUCCAACCGUCAAGGUUGCAAUACUGAAACUUCAGGACUAUCCUUCUUUGUCCCACAUUGUCAUUCUUGUACCACCCUCAGCUGGCAAUAAGUUUACUUUGGACUGUGAAUUCUUCAAAGAGGAUUCCAGAACAAUACAGCUCCCUGUAACAAAUCUUUUUUCCUUUGGCCUUUCUUCAAGCAAAAUUCUGUUAAAUUCAACUGGCUUAUUUUACAACAUACAGCUUCAGCACUUCAACCAAGUAUAUCAAGCUUUCAAAAUACAUGUAGAGAGCCACUGCCAGCCACUGAUAGAAAGAAAACCCAGUGUUUACAGACUUCAUAUACCCUGGUCUCAUGAAGACUCAGUAACUGUGGUUAACACUCCAUCGUUUGUUGAGAUUUCUGCGAAACUGCACAUGGCUCAGCCUGAAAAUGAGAGCAGGGUUCCAGUGCUAAGUAUUUACUCUUCGUCAGACUGUCAGUAUGAAGUAAUUCUGAAAACGUCGUUUUUACAAAUUCUUGGACAAAUAAUAAGGUUCCAUGCUGGUGCUCUUCCUGUCUAUGUUGUUUCUAAUAUUCUCCUUACCUAUGGAGGACAGUUGAGUACACUGAUGUCAACAGGCCAGUGUUCAGAAUUUUCACUUGAACUAGUUAGAGCAGCUAAGCCCUACAAAGUAGAACCUAUUAUAAGCAUUGUUGUGUUUCUGCAGGGGUUUAACUGGUUUAGAGAGAUAUGGGAUUCACUCUUGCUACCAGAGGUGGAUGCUGCUGUACUGAGUAGUCAGGAUGCAUGGUUCCCCCUUGUGUCCCUGAUUCUAUUUCUUUUUGGGACAGGCAUUGCCUACUGGAGUGCAGUAUUUUUCUCUACGUUUCUGAGAAUCUUCUCUUCAUUAUGGUUAACUCUGACUAGACCUACUGUACUUUCGAAAGCUAAAUUGAUUACACCCAGAAGACUCUGCAUGGUGGGGUCCCUUGCUUUGGUUAGCUGGACCACUUGUGGUGCAUUUGCUCUAUUCAUUAUUUAUCUUCAAUACUUGUUCAAGGUUAUAAAACUGAGUGUGAAUGUAAGAGCAGAGCAAAACGUGCUGAAUAAGGAAUUGGAGCGCUCAAAAGAAACUUCACAGAAUUCCAUUAGAUGCACAGUCAAAAAACAGGAUUUGAUAGACAGUACUUCAGAAGCAACACAGUCUCUCUCAAGCAGUACAACCGCUGAAGCUGCUAACAGUCUGAAGAUCCAUGUUACAGUGUUCAAUUUAUUCACAUGGAUUGUUCUGCUCAACUUGCCAUCUUUAGUUUAUUGGUUAAAAAAUCUCAGGUACAGUGCUAGACUUGACCCUGACCCGUGUCGAGCUACAGCUAUUAUACUUGUGUGCAUUUUAGAAAUUCUCAUGAAUUCGAGUGCUUCUGAAGUGAAAUCAAGCAAACUCCUGAAGAUUGCGGCCAAAGUUCCACUCCCUUUGUCUGUUGCAGUGUUGGCUUUCGGACGAAUGCAUUUAUACAAAGUACCACAUUUUGUAACUUUUUCUCUUCUUCUACAUGUGCUGUGUUGUGUUGUGUAACAUUGGUUUUACAUAAGAACAGUGCAGCCUGGAAAGGUACGGUGGUGAGGAGACAAAUUUCAACAAAGGAAUGCCUAGACCAACAUAACUUGUGUUAUAUGGGAAAGAUUGCUGAAAUGCGAUUACUUCAUGAGAAGCUUUUGGUUCUGUUCAUGCUGCUUAGAAAGUUUCUCAUGGUGUUCAUUUCCUGACUGUGACAAUUAAGUGAAUUAACUGUGCGUGUGUAAGCACAUGAGUUGUAUUAAUGUUACAUCUCAACACUCCGUUUGCCUUGCAGACACUUGGAUAUUUCACUGUAUUUCUUAGUUGAAAUAGACUUUUUUUUACUCAGUACACUGUACAGUGCGUAUGUUCUGGACUUGCUUCUCUUGCAGGUCAGAAGUAUGCUGGUUAGACUCAAUAAACUUCAAGCACACUGUGACUAUCAGAAAUACUGCACAGCCAAGUAUACUUUCAAUCAUUUUAUGCUACAUUUAAAAGCUGUCACACUUGUAUCUAGUCAAAUCAGAAUGUACUGCUUCUAUAGAGCUGUUAUUUCUAGCAAAUUACUUGUUCAGUUACUGUUAGAUGAGUGAGAGAUUAAUGACAGUUUUAAACAUUUUCAUUUUUGUGAGAGUGAGAAAACAAUGACAGUUUGUGUGGCUUUCUAUUCUGGAAGCUUACCAGCAGGUUCAUAAACAACUGGCUGUAAUGUUGUUUUAAAACAUUGCCAAUUUUGUUGGAAUUUUGUUAAUUCAGAAAUGACUCCUUAGACCUCAUCCAUAUGUAGGAGGUAGCAAAUUUUAAGGUAUGAUGCAAGUUGACGCUAGAGUUGCUAUACUGCAGUUUCCAGAUAGCCAAGGCAGGGUUCUUUCCUAUUGUAAAUGGAGAGUCUUCAUCUCAUGGUAAAUGUCCAUACAGUAAUUUAGUAUGAAAUAGCUACAACAUAUAAAUCCAUGCCUUGCCAUACUGUGCUAACUUCCUUCUGUGGGUGAGCUCUUAGGUAGUACAAAAAACUGUCUGUAAUUAUUAGCUCUACAUAAAGAAUUAUCUUAGUGCCUAGAUGCUAGUGACUGCCAUUUACAACGAUGCCUAGAAUAGCUGUGUGUAAGGAAUUCUAUCUCCUGGCAUGUGUUUUGCCAACAGAAGAAAUCACACUAACCGUUAUGUUAUUUAAAAUGAGGUAUUGAUUCCAUGUAGAGAUGAGUGCUACUACUUGCUUCUUUGUUAGCUGUCUCCACUAUCUGAGAUAUGUCAUCUUCAUAUGGAAUUACUAUGCCAGCUUGAUUACCUAAUAGGGAUGAUAACAGGAAAUCUGCUACCUACUGUCAAUUGAGUGUAUUCUUAAUGUAGAAGUAGAGCCUGACCCAUUGGUUUAAUCUUGUUAUUCUUGCCUGAAGUGCCUCAGUUAGUUCUAGCUUGUUCUUAGAGUUAAUUCAUCUGAGCUGCCUGAAAAGACUUAAUAAUUCACACAGUGACUUUGAAAAUGAACCUAUUCUGUCUUAUAAACCAAUCAGCUAUUCAAGCUAUCACUUAGUCAUUAGAACUGCUCUCAAUUGUAGUUAACCAAACCACCUGUUACUGCUGUCAGUAACCUACCUGCUGAUCUUCAAGUCUUAACAUCCUAUUGACAAGAUUAGAUCAUGUGCAUAGUGUUAGUAAAUCAGAGAAGUUAAUUGUAUUAUAUCCUGGUACUGUCUAAACAAAUGUAUGCUACAGUAUAUGUAUAUAAGAUAAUUUGUGUCCAUAUAUACUUGUAGCUUGAUUUAGCCUAGAGAUUUCUUUUCAGGCACAGAAGAAUAGAGUAGUUUUCCUACUUUCAGGUGGCUGUUAGUGUGAUGGACAGUGACAGAACUGCAGUGCAGUUGGUAAAAGGCCAUCUGUAAAAUGUGCAAAGGUCUGAUUUCUGUGAAAGAUCGUUUCCUUGGCAUUCAUGGUCCCUUUGGCCUAUUACUGUAUUUUGCUUCCUAUUUUGGUUUGCCAUUUUUAUCACUUCUUCAUGCGUGAACCCAUUUGUUGGAGCUGUUGAUGGAAUGAUCAGAAUAAGGAAAGCAAACAGUCUCAAGAUGUGGUAACUUCCAAAAUCUGGCGGUGCAUGAAACAUACCAAAUCACAACAGCAUAGAGUAACACCAUUUUUCUUAUUUAAUGGUAUUCUUGUAAGCUGGGAAUUUUGAUGUUGCUAUCGUUCCUCAUGAAAUGGGUUACAAAAUGUUAUGAAGUGAUUCUUAUGUGAUUUUGAAGGCGUAGGUAGGAAUGGAAAGAUAUAAUCCUUAGUCUGAGAUCCCAGGUCUGUUGAGGCUUUCAGACUUUUGUCACUCUUCUGUUGAUGCUUCCUUUUCCAAAAGUCAUUCACUUUCACAGGGGGAAGAAGUAGGUAGUCUUAUUGCAAAUUUGGAUUUUGUAUGCUUUGUGUAUCGUUGCUAGAUGAAAAACGUGCUCUCAGAGAUGUGCACUGAGGUUUUGCAGUGACUGAGGACUGUCUAACUGCCGUUUGAGAGAUGAGGGUUCUGUUCUACAGAUUUCUAGUUCAGCCACCUCCCUCGUUACAGUCUCAGCAGAAAUGUGGGCUAACCCACAUUUUUAAUUGGCUGUAUGACAAAGUAUAAAUAUUACCAGAGCAUCUUUUUGUAUGAGUGGACAUUUAUAAAACAGCUUUUGGGAAAUACAUUCUCUCAAUACCUUUAAAUCAAAAUUCCAGUUUAAUCUUCCAACUUUAAACUCUCUGAAGUUACUGGAGAAGAUCAAGACAAGCUAUUUCGUGAUGAUUUAAAGCUCCAUGCUGAAAGGAGCAUCUCUGCUAACUCCCACUCCAAGUUUGUUGUUCUGUUCCUUUUCAGAAGUUGAGAUACUAAUUCUGCAGAACCACUGUGGAUGUUUGCCUCGUUUACGUGGAGAUCAUACCAUGUAAAACAAAGGCUUUUUGGCUCGUAUGUCAGGAGACAAUCAAAAUAAUGAUGUGUGCCUCCCUUAUGUUUCUGUAAGCUGUUAGAAAGGGAUUAAAAAACAAAAAACAAAAAAAACCAGAAUACCAAAUGUCACUAAGUGGAGCAGAAUCUUUUUCUUAUUAUGCUGCAGUAAUAGCUAUACCUAUAGCUAUCAGUUCACAAAAUAUUUGUAUUUGUAAGGUAAGGAAAAGGUGUUAUUUCUUAACUCGAACUACAAAUGGUGAUAUUUGCAGGAUUGAUUUAAAAGCUGGUUGCAGAAUGUCACAUUUUAGCAUCAUCUGAAAAGGGGAUUUGUCUUUUUUUUGUCGUUGUUGUUACGUAAGGAAAAAAACCAACCACAGUAAAUGAAAUGCCAUUUAAUUUUAUUUCUAAUACUUGAAGUUCUGCUCUGAUGGUUUCUUUUUUUGAUACAUAUAGAAAUUUAUUCCAAAGUACUCAUUUGCAAAGUUAAAAUGAAAUCAAAGCUGACAAGUGUAGUUGUAUUGCAGAAAGAAUGGGGGCCACCUGUGUGCUAAAGAGAGCUUUUUAACUACCUGGGCCAUCCUUAAAGUCAUUCUUAAAAAAUAAUAACAAUAAUAAUAUCUUGAUACUGAAAGUAAACAAACAAGAGGCAACGAAAAGCAUUAUUUUAUAGGUUGGUAUUUGAUAUGAAGUCUAAUUUUCCAUCUGUUUGCCAGUAACAAGGUUGUAAGGCUGUCACUUAGCUUUUUUUUUUUCCCUAAAGUCUGAUAUAUCUCCUUCAGAUCUUGACAGGAUGAACAAAGCUGAUUUGUUGCCUGUGCAUAAAAUGAAUAUUUGGGAAGCCUUUUUGAUCAAGUUGAUCAAAAAGUUGAAGUUUAGUUCAAUGCAUUGAUGAGUGUGCUGAUAAGGAAAAAGUUUUGUUUGUUUAUACUGAGAAAAAGUGCAGCCAUUUAUAGACCUUUAACGCCCUGAGCUACUGAAAAUGGUUUUGAAGGCAGUGAUCGUGUGUGUACAGUAAUUGUGCUGCUGUUUCAACUCACCAAGCCAGUAGAAAACUGUUAGCUGCAGAAGAGACUGAGGUCAAUGCUUUUUACAUGUCAUGGUGAAUGUUAAUUGCUUAAUUUUCAGGUUUGGCUCUUUACAUCUCCUUUUUAGGGAGACAUGAUCAAACUAGCCUUUAUAAGCACUUAGCACUGCGCCGUAAGUGGUUUUAAAUCUUCCAUCACCAGACCUUUAGGGGAGCUGUGUUUCUGUCACCAAAGCUGUGUGCUGCUCUUACAUACCUCUGCAAAAGUGUACCAAUGAGUGACAGUUGAGAAGCAGAUUCAUUUUUGAUGUCAGAGUAAAAUAGUUUUUCUACCUUUUCCUAGAGCUAUAAGCUAGUAUUCAUAGUAAAAUACUUGAAGUCUCUUAAAGAUUAUUUGACAAACCUAUUACAAAUAUAUAUUUUUUAUUUAUGGAAGAAUGUAUUCAAAACUUCUAGUUGGGACAUUGAAAGAUAAAAUAAUAAGUAUACAUUUAAUCUUAUUAUAAGCAUUCCAUUUUUUUAAAACAAAUGUGAGUAUUUGGAAAAUUCUAUAACUUCUACUGAAGUCUGCCUACCACUUCAGUUCUUUAGCUAUGUCUAAGCGUGGAACUGCUUCAAAUAUGUGCUCAUGGCAUUAUAGCCUAGAAACCAAAGUCAAAGCUGUGACAUUUAGACUGCAAGUUGUUUUAAGAUUUAGGGCAUCAUUCUAUGUUCUUAUAUGCAUGCAGGUUUUGCAUGUGAGUCUCUCAUAAAAGAUAUUUUAAGCUCGAUGUCUCUGCGGUUCUUGAUGGGUUGUGGUCUAAAUUCUCUUGGAAAUGUGUAGUAUCAGAGCUGAUUUUGUCUCUCUGAAGUUUGGGGAUGGUACACAAAAGCUUGUUACUUCGCAGUACGUUAUUCCAAUUGCUCCUUCCAUACAGAGUUAUCCUUCAUUUGCUCCAUCCUUCUGCUGUAGCACAAAUCUAGAGGUUUGCAGUAAUAGCAGGCACUGCAGAUGAUGUAGAGAAGGAUCUGUCUGUCCUGUAGGCUGUUGCUUUUUUGGAGUUUUUCAUGCUCAUUGAACUACAAAUGAAGACUUUGCUUUCCUCCAAAUUCUUAAAUUACUUCAAGGCUUAUAUUAAAUGUUUAGAUGGGUAUCUUUUUUAAAUGUUAAAAGCUAUUUUGGGAUCAACUCGGGCUUCUCUAUUUCCCAUUCAUGUCACUCUAAGUGUGAAAACAGUAUUAGACACCAGUACCUGACAACUGAAAUAUUUUACAGAAGUCUGCAAAAGUAGACCUGAGAUGCAUAAUGAAUGCCAGACCAAAACUGAAAAUGUGGAAUUCCUCACUGUGACUGUGACUUGAAACCACCAAAACACCACCACCACAAAACAACAGAACCCACAACUGUGUGCCUUAAACCACUAAAUGAAUACACACUAACUGUAGCCUGUGAACUUGUGUAGCCUUAUUUUUCUUUUUUUGAAAUCAAAGGUAGUCAUGUGAAUCAUGCUGAUAAUUGGUUUGAGGAAAGUCAUUUUUAAUUUUUAAUUUUAUUUUUUUUAACUACAUUUACAGGCAUUAAGAUUUAUGAGAAGUGCAAUGCACUUACGGUUUGGAAUCACACCACCCAAAGGCAGGAAACUUGAGCUGACCUUAAUUUCUCAUUUCUUUCUAUAAUGGCAAAGAAAAUGAAGGGAGAAAAAUUCACGUCAUCUUCUACAUCUUUGUUGGAAUUUUUCAAAUUUACUUUAUUUUCUUCAAAACUGUAGCUCAAGCAAAGUACUUUAUUUUAGUCAUUAAGCACCAACAUCUACUCAAAGUGGUAGAGUUGAGAGGCAGAGAUGCAUUUGUUUGCGAGCUUUCAGACAUUUGAAUAAGGAAUUUCAUGUUUCAGGAUAAAUGUAUAAGUUAGGAAAAACAAGUUCUGCUCUUAAAUCAUCAGAAAGAAAUAUUCAAGCUCUUAAAAUCCUGCUUUGAUGUAGUAAAAAAUAAAAUGGAAUUCUUACUGUUUAGCAUGAAGAAAUUGAGGGAAAGCCACUUCUCUAUGAUUGCAUAUUUUAAACAAAGUCCCCAAAAUUCUUUUUUAUUCCCAGCAAUAGUAAUAAGUAAAACUUGUUCUUGAAUAAAGGUGUCAUAUCUGGGAUAUUAUCAGUGGGCUGUAGAUGUUGAGAUGUGCACACAAAAUGAUAUCAUCUCAGCUCAUCACAGUAAUUGGUGGCAAUACAGAUCUGUUCAUAACUUUCUUUUAUUGAGAUAUAACAUGAAUCUGGCUGCUGCAGUGCUGUUUUCAUUGUGGAAUAACAGAAAACAUGUGGGGUUUUUUUUGUUUUUUGUUUUUGUUUGUUUGUUUGUUUUGUCAGCCCUACUGAUUCCUUUGAGUAGCCUCUGAGUUCAGGACUGUUAGAACUUUUUCCAGUCACCUAUGUGUCUCUUCUUUGUUCUGUGCUGGUGUUGUUCCAGUCAUCCUAGUAAUGGUUGACUUCCUGGCUACAGUAAUACUAGUGUGAAAAUCAUUGAGAGGGCCAAGCUACUUUUAUGUAUGAUAAUGAAUCUAGAAAAAAUGUGCAAAACUAGUAACUUAAUUCCUUUGUUGCCCUUUCACUGUUUUUUUCCAAGCACAAAGACAGAAUAAUGUUGGACAGAAUACUUAUUUUGGGUGAUGGGCAACCAACUGGGGAUUGAUGGUUGUUUGUGUUAAGCAAGCUUAAAGCUUUGAAAAGCUUUAGUUUUUAGAGAAAUCUUAUCAGUUACUAAGCAACCUAACUUUUUUUCUCUUCUUGUUUUGAGUUCUUAUAUAGCUACUGUAAGCCUGGUAUUUAAAGUGGAGCUAACUCUAACAGUUACAGGUGUCUAUAGUUGUUAACAUGGUCUUAUCGAUAAAUGUUUAGCUAACACUAUAAUAAAUUAUUGUGCUUAUUAAAAGAGGUAUAACUGAAUUCUCAGAUACAUCUGCUUUGUGUGAUAAGCUUGAGCCAAGUCUUUGUCCUGUGAGAUGCUGAGAAAAUCUUGGAAAAUAGCUAUCUUCAGCUAAUGUUUAAAUUAGUGAAAGCUGUUCAUGUGAGUCAUUCAAAACUAUGCUUUUAAAUACUGGUCCUUUUUCAUUAAGGGCAACUUGAAUGAGAGCUACACCGGGACUUUCAUGUUUUGAUGGUUUCCAUGUCUGUUGUGUAUAAUUCAUAUUGUUUUAACAUGUUUUGUUUUGUUUUUUUUACACUAGUGUGCAUGAUAUAAAAGUACACUGUAUAGUAUAAGCUUUGCUAAGUAAACACUUCUGUAUAUUUUUGUAUGGUGUCUUAACAUGGUUGCAUUAGUACAAAUGGUGGUAAUUCACACCAAGUGCCACUUACCAAUCAUGCUCUGUGGAGUGUUGUGAAUGUUACCUGUACAUUUGUUGUACAAACAUGCUAAUGAGUGUUGUGAUGAACAUCUGCCUUUAGUCUUUGCUCAGGUACUGAUGUGGAGCAGUUCGGUGCUUUACCUUCUAACUUGUAAUACUUGGGACUCUAAGCAGAAAAUAAAAUCAGUGAACAAAAA